AUGCGCGCCGCCGAGCACGCGGGCACGAUAGGAUUUCGAGUAGGCAGAAGUACCUCGCUGAACCACACCCUCGCUGAUCUCUUCCACCUCCUCCACGGCUCCCUGCUCGCCCCCGACGGCUUCACCUUCCUCGAGCACGCCUCCAAGCGGCCCAAGUCCCCGCUGGUGGAAGGACAUCUCCAGCCGGCCCGUCUGGCAGGCCGUCAUGGAGUCCCCGUAUGA